AUGGAUAUGUCGAAAGACUGGAUGGAUACACCACGUCAUGAGAAAGAAUAUCAAGUUGGUGUAGAAAGAUUUUUACACUUUGCUUUCUCAUCAAAGGGAGUUCCUCAAGGGGAAGAAAUUCAAUGCCCUUGUGCAAAGUGUUGUAAUAUAUUUUGGUUAAAGAGAGAUGACGUAUAUGAUCAUCUAAUAUGCCACGGUUUUGUAAAAGGUUAUAGGCGGUGGUUUAAUCAUGGGGAAUCACUUUUUGCUAUGGAUAUUGACAGUGACAUAGGCGGUGAAUAUAACUGCAAUGAUAACAUUGAUGAGUUGUUACGUGAUAGAUUUCGAGAUAAUACACAAGUUGACGGACAAAACAUGGGGCCUAACGAAUGUGCAAAGGAAUUUUAUAAAUUGGUAGACGAGGCAAGCCAAGAACUAUACCCCGGGUGUAAAGGAUUCACAAGAUUAUCCUUUACCAUUCGUCUUUACUUGUUAAAAUGCUUGCAUGGUUGGAGUAAUGCGUCAUUUACUUCUCUCUUGGAAUUAUUGAAAGAAGCAAUGCCAUAUUUGAAUAUUCCUAUUUCUUUUGAUAAAACCAAGAAUAUGGUGAAGAACUUGGGUCUUGACUACCAAAAGAUCGAUGCAUGUCGCAAUGACUGCAUGUUGUAUCGGAACGGGUAUGAGAAUGACUCAUCUUGUCAUGUCUGUGGAACAUCCCGUUAUAUUGAGCAUCAUGAAGAAGAGGAUGAUGUUACCUCAUCUAGAAAGCCUCGCAAAGUUGCUGCAAAAACUCUAAGGCAUUUCCCUUUGAUUCCCAGACUUCAACGGCUUUUUAUGUGCACAAGAACUGUCGAAGCUAUGUCUUGGCAUCACAAUGAGCGCGUUAAAGACGGGUCCUUAAGGCAUCCUGCCGAUGGUGAAUCUUGGAAAGCAUUUGACAAUCGACAUGAAGAUUUUGCAAAGGAGCCUCGUAAUGUGAGACUUGGGUUAGCAAGCGACGGAUUCAAUCCAUUCCGAACUUUGAGCAGUACACACAGUACAUGGCCUGUUGUUCUGAUGGUGUAUAAUCUACCCCCUUGGAUGAGCAUGAAGCCUGAUUAUUUUAUGCUAUCUUUACUCAUUCCUGGACCACAAUCACCGGGAAAUGACAUUGAUGUCUAUCUUCAACCGUUGAUUGAAGAAUUAAAAGAAUUAUGGGAGUCAGGUGUCGAGACAUAUGAUUCAAAAGAAAACAAAACAUUCAACAUGAGAGCGUGCCUUUUGUGGACAAUUAAUGACUUCCCUGCGUAUGCUAUGUUAUCUGGGUGGAGUACAAAGGGAAAAUUGGCUUGUCCAUGUUGUAAUGAUGAGACUUCUUCAAUCUAUCUGAAACAUAGUCACAAGACUGUUUAUAUGGAUCACCGAAGGUUUUUACCCAUGAAUCAUCCAUGGAGGCAUAACAAGAGAUCUUUCAAUGGAAAAACUGAACUCAGGUCUCCACUGCAGUUGUUAGAAGGUUCAGCUGUAUUUGAUGCAUUGCGAGAGGUGGAUAAUUCUUUUGGGAAGAAGCAAAAGAGAUCAAAGAAUGGCAUAUCAAAUUGGAAAAAACGGUCAAUCUUUUUUGAGUUACCAUAUUGGAAGUCCAACAUGUUUAGACACAACCUUGAUGUCAUGCACAUAGAGAAGAAUAUAGUUGAUAGCAUAAUUGGAACUCUUUUAGAUAUUCCUGGAAAGACGAAAGAUCAUGCAGCUGCUCGUUUUGACCUUAAAGAUAUGGGUAUCAGGAAAAACCUUCAACCAAAAGAUACGAAGGAUGGAAAAAAAACUAAGUUAGCAAAGGCAUGCUUUUCAAUGACUCCAGCAGAGAAAACAAUCUUUUGUAGUGUGUUGAAAGCGGCAAAAUUACCAGACGGUAGCGCUUCCAAUAUUGCUCGAUGUGUGCAUGAAACAGAAAAGAAGAUUUCUGGUUACAAGACCCAUGAUGCUCAUUUCAUGUUGCAUUACUUGUUGCAAGUACCAAUCAAGAGUAUACUUCCUGACCAUGUUGCCAUCGCUCUAGUUCGAUUAUGUUCAUUUUUUCGCCGAAUAUGUCAGAAAGUAAUUAGCCUGGAUGAGGUAGUUAACUUAGAAGCAGAGAUUGCUGAGACAUUGUGCCAAUUGGAGAGGAUUUUUCCUCCUAGCUUUUUUGACAUAAUGGUGCACUUGCCUAUUCAUUUGGCAAACGAGGUGAGGUUAGGUGGUCCAGUUCAAUAUCGUUGGAUGUACCCUGUUGAACGGUAUAUGUGCACACUAAAAUCAUAUGUUCGUAAUAGAAGUCGUCCAGAAGGAUCUAUUGCCGAAGGAUAUUUGGCGAAUGAGUGUAUCAAUUUUUGCUCAAGAUAUUUGCAUGAAGAUGUUCAUACAAGAUUUAAUAGAAUCCCUCGGAACAACGAUGAGUGUGUUUCAGAUGAGGUGCGAACUCCUAGUUUGUUUCCAAGCAAAGGAUGUCCUCUUGGUGGAAGAAUGGGAGAUUUGUUUAUGUUAGAUGAAAAAUCAGAAAUACAAGGUCAUGCAUACAUCCUAAACAAUUGUGAUAAGAUCGAAGUCUACAUGAGAGAGCAUGAGGAGGUAGUUAAUGAUAACAAUCCACAAAAAACAAAGUGGGAGAAAGCCAAGGACCGCAGUCAACAAUUUUCAGAAUGGUUUAAAAUUCGUGCCAUGAAAAAGGAUGUGCCUGGUUGGGCAAAAGGGUUGGCUAGGGGUCCAAAUCGAGUUGCAAAAAGAUUUUCAGGUUAUAUUAUCAAUGGGUAUAGGUUCCAUACAAGGCACCGUGAUGUGAGACGUAAAACUCAAAAUAGUGGUGUCACAUUAGAGGCAUUGACUCCUAGUUUUGCUAGUGUGAAAGAUAAGAACCCAAUUGAAGCAAAAGUAGCCUACUAUGGUAGAAUAGUUGAUAUGUUUGAGUUAGAUUAUUAUGGCCAAUUUAAAGUAGUCUUGUUUAAGUGUGAGUGGUAUACAGUUGCAAAAGACAAUUUUGGUCUUUCAUAUGUGUAUUUCAAUAGAAAAUGCUACCAAGAAGAACCAUUUGUGCUGGCAUCUCAAGUAAACCAAUGCUUUUAUGUGCAAGACCCAUAUGUUAGGGACAAGCACUAUGUUAUGAAAACAAUUCCAAGAGAUUUAUUUAGGGUAAGUGAUGACCUUGAGUCUGAUUCCCCCAUAAUAUAUGCAAGGGAGCCAUGCGAACCUGAAGUGAUUCCAAGUCUUCCAAAUGAUAAUGGCGAAAUUGAUCUAGUGAGGAAUGAUCUACGAGCAACUAUUAUAGAUAUGGAUCAAAACAUGUUUGCCAAACAAUAUUGUGAGGAAGACGAGGAAAGCAAAUAA